AUGACAACUAGUACAACGGAAACCUUUCUGACGGAAUUGAAUGCUUUAUAUAACUCCCGUGAUAAAGCAAGAAGAGAACAGGCUGACAUUUGGUUACAAGCUUUUCAGAAGACGCCGGAAGCAUGGGCAAUAUCAAAUCAAAUGUUAAGGUCCCCUCAAACAACUCCCGAAACUGCACAACACUUUGCGGCGCGCACAUUUCGGCAAAAGAUAACACUCGAUUUACAUCAGCUCGAUGGUGCAGCUCGCAUUUCCCUUCGCGAUUCACUUUUAGAGAUUCUUUAUCAAUACCGUAAUGGUCCUCGUAACAUCAUUACCCAAAUAUGUUUAUCUCUUGCAGCAUUGGCGCUCCAGAUGCCUGAAUGGAAGGACGUACUCCCACAGUUUACGGAACUGUAUGGUAAAAACCCGGACACUAUAAAGUGUCUACUGGAGUUCCUUAAAAUUCUACCGGAAGAGAUUAAUAAAAAUGGUCGCAUACCUAUAUCGGAUGAGGAUUAUCGAUCAAGAUCCAAGGAAUUGUUGACGAAUAAUGCUAACGAAGUAUCGCAGAUGCUUCUGAUUUUUCUACAGAAUUCAGGGAAUAAUACUGACUAUCAAAUAAGGGUGUUUGAAUGUUUUGAAAGUUGGCUUUAUUCUGGUGAUAUCGCAAUUAGUAGUUUGGAAAAUAAUCCAUUUUUGGGACUAUCGUUUGAUGCUUUACAAUCAAAUGAAUUGUAUGAUAUCGCAAUCGACGUUGUUUGUAGAAUUAUUAAUGAAACACGGGAGAUCCCUGAUUCCAUGCCGGUAAUUGAACAGAUAUACCCACGUUUGCUUCCUUUGAGAGAGUCACUGAGGAAUGCGAUAGAAAAUGACGACGAAGAAAAAGUGCGGGGCUAUUGCCGCAUCUUCACCCAAGCUGGAGAAUCAUAUUUAGAACUUAUUGUUCAACAUGCUGAAGCUUUUCAAAGUAUAGUGGAAAGCAUAGCCGAGUGUACAGCUUAUCAUGAUACUGAAAUUGUUAGAAUUACAUUUGGCUUUUGGCAUCGCUUGGGUGACACAUUGUUCGAGCCACGUCACGCGGAAAUCAAGGAGAAGUUUAAACAUAUAUUUUCUGAUUUAGUUGACGUCAUGAUUAAACAUUUGCAUUAUCCCAAAGAUUUAUCAAAUUGGUCGGCGGAAAAACGUGAUGAAUUUCGCGAAUUUCGUCAUGUAAUGGGUGAUGUUCUUAAGGAUUGUUGUCUUAUUGCUGGCUCGCAACAAUGUUUAUCAAAACCUUACUCGAUCUUGGCAGGUUUACUAAUGAAUACAGCAAAUGGAAGCACAUUAGAGUGGCAAGAAAUUGAAGCACCACUGUUCUCCUUGAGAGCAAUGGGGUCUGAGAUACCGGAUGACGAGAACAUUGUUUUGCCUGAAAUCAUGCAGCUUUUGCAACAACUACCUGAUCACCCCAAAAUUCGAUAUUCUGCUACUUUAGUCAUUUCGAGAUAUUCUUUUUGGACUAGGAAACAUUCCCAAUUUAUCCCAUAUCAGUUGACUUUCAUUUCCACCGGUUUUGAUAAUGAAGAGGUUUCUGCUGCUGCUGCAUUGGCAUUAAAGUAUUUAUGCAAGGACUGCAGCGAGCUAUUGGUUGAAUACCUGCCACAACUACAUCAUUUCUAUCUUAAUGUCUCGCAAACACUUUCUGGUGUAGAUCUACUUGAAGUUACUGAAGCGGUUACCCAUGUUAUCGCAUCCGUACCACCAUCAGAAUUGCUGAAGGCUUUGCAGAUGUUUUUCUUACCAAUCGCACAGGGAUUGCAUGAAUUUGUAAAUAAAGGUGUAUCUACAACAGAAAAAGAUGUCAAAGAUGCUUGUGACAAACUGGAACAAUUUUCUAUGGUUCUCCGCGUCAUCGCAGAGCGUCAGAGAAAUGAAACAGUAAAUAAUACGUCUGGUCAGACACAUCCUUGUAUUUCCAUUAUACAAGAAUUAUGGCCCGUCUUUGAUGUCCUCUUUCGUAAUUUUGGUGUCGAUCCUCAGUUAUCGGAGAGUCUUUGCAAAUGUUUCAAAUGUUGUGUUGUACACUACCCAAACGAUUUUCAGCAAUUGCUUCCGGAACUUAUGGAUCGUCUCAUUGCAGCUUUUGAUCAAACGGGCUUGAGCUGUUAUUUAUGGGUUGCGGGAAAAUGCGUGAGGAUCCAUUCUUCUGGCGAAGGAACAGAAGCCACAUUAACUUUGCUGAGAUUCGUUGAAAGGCUUAGUGUUACAAUGUUUAGAAUUCUCUCCGAAAAAAAGCCUGAUGACAUUCCCGACGUUGUUGAGGACUAUUUUCGUGUCAACAUUGAAUUUCUUGAAUGUGCACCUUUAACUUUAUCGCACUCGGCCCUUUUUCCAUCAAUCCUUCAGGCUGGUCUGACAUGUCUAGCGAUUGAGCAACAAGAUGCUCUACAUGCUGUUAUUUUGUUUUUCAGUAAAUUGCUCCUUUUUGUUGUGAAGGAAAAGCGAUCACAUGUACAAUCUACCUCUGCAAGUAUUUCUCAUGCACAGACAUCACUCGCUGCACACUCAGUUGGCCUUUUAACACUUGAAACCAUAGUGUGUCAGCACGGUUCUGCUUUAAUUGACAGCAUAUUCAGAGGUUUAAUGUACACCUUCUCUAGAGAUAUUCAACAAAAUUAUAUCGAUGAUAUAGUGGCAUCAUUGGCAAAAUUGUUUCCUCAAGAUAGUCAGCAAUGGAUAUCCGAAGUAUUUCAACGUCUUCAAGAUGAUAAUUUGACCUCGGACAUUAAAGGCUCUUUUAUAAGAGAUUAUAAUCUAGCGAUCCAGAAUCAAGAUUGGACAAAAUUGCGACGAGUUACCAAUGAUUUUGUUGCCAUCUUUAGAAGAAGGUAUUUGGCUUCAAGAGAACACAGAGAAUAG